CCGAGCCGAGGCCGGGGGUGGGGGUCUGGGGUCGCGGCCCCGCGCGCCCGCAGCUGCUGUCCCCCGGGAGCAGCAGCUGUGCCCCGGGGAAGAAGGAGGAGCUGCCGCUGGACGGUGGCAGCGGGAGGAGGAGCGACACAACUGCAACUGUCCCGUGUGCCGGCGACAGGGCUGCCCUCCCUUGGCUGAACCGCACCGGGAUGACCCGCUGACCGCGGCCAUGCAGCCUUGACCUGGCUCCCGGGCGCGCAGGGGACGAGUCGCGGGCGCAGGCAGCAGCGCUUUUCCGCCGACCCCGAGCCCAGCGAGGGGCGAAGCCACUUACCAUGGAACCCGUGACCAAGUGGAGCCCCAAACAAGUGGUGGACUGGACUCGAGGGUUGGAUGACUGCCUGCAGCCGUAUGUCCACAAGUUUGAAAGGGAGAAGAUAGACGGGGAGCAGCUGCUGCGGAUUUCUCAUCAGGAUCUUGAGGAGCUGGGAGUCACACGAAUCGGACACCAGGAGCUGGUGUUGGAGGCUGUUGACCUUCUCUGUGCACUGAAUUAUGGCCUUGAAACAGAUAACAUGAAGAGUUUGGUUCUGAAGCUGCGGGCGUCCUCCCACAACCUGCAGAAUUACAUAAGCAGCCGGCGGAGGAGUCCUGCUUAUGAUGGGAGCACGUCGCACAAGCCUCCCAAUGACUUUCUGACCUCGGUGGUGGAGCUCAUAGGCGCGGCCAAGGCCUUGCUGGCCUGGCUGGACCGGGCUCCGUUUACAGGGAUCACUGACUUCUCAGUAACAAAGAACAAAAUCAUCCAGCUGUGCUUGGACUUGACCACUACAGUCCAGAAGGAUUGCCUCGUAGCAGAAAUGGAGGAUAAGGUUUUAACUGUAGUCAAGGUCUUGAAUGGUAUCUGUGAUGAGACAUUCCGCUCCACCAGGGAUCCUGUUAUGAGCCAGUGUGCGUGCCUAGAGGAAGUUCACUUACCCAGUGUUAAACCCGGGGAAGGCCUGGGCAUGUACAUCAAGUCAACCUACGAUGGACUGCAUGUGAUUACUGGAACCACAGAAAAUUCUCCGGCAGACAGGUCCCAGAAGAUUCAUGCUGGUGAUGAAGUCAUUCAAGUUAAUAGGCAAACUGUGGUGGGGUGGCAACUAAAAAACCUGGUGAGAAAGCUGAGAGAGAAUCCCACUGGUGUGGUGUUACUGUUGAAGAAACGGCCCACUGGCUCUUUCAACUUCACCCCUGCACCUCUGAAGAACCUACGGUGGAAGCCGCCCCUUGUGCAGACCUCACCCCCACCCACAACGACUCAGUCUCCUGAAAGCACGAUGGACACCUCACUGAAGAAGGAGAAGCCGGCCAUCCUGGAUCUGUACAUACCUCCUCCACCCUCCGUGCCCUACUCUCCCCGGGAUGAGAAUGGGAGUUUUGUUUAUGGAGGACCUAAGGGUAAACAACCAUUGCCUGUGCCUAAGGGUUCAGAGUCCCCGAACUCCUUCUUGGACCAGGAGAGCCGAAGACGAAGAUUUACCAUUGCUGAUUCUGAUCAGUUGCCUGGGUACUCUGUGGAAACUAAUAUUCUGCCCACAAAAAUGAGAGAGAAAACACCAUCUUAUGGCAAGCCCCGGCCUUUGUCCAUGCCUGCAGAUGGGAACUGGAUGGGGAUUGUGGACCCUUUUGCCAGACCUCGAGGUCAUGGCAGGAAAGGGGAAGACGCCCUUUGCCGGUAUUUCAGUAAUGAGCGGAUUCCCCCCAUCAUCGAAGAAAGCGCCUCUCCCGGGUACCGGCUCUCCAGACCCACGACAGAGCGGCAACUGGUGCGAGGUGCAGACUAUAUUCGAGGGAGCAGGUGCUACAUCAACUCAGAUCUCCACAGCAGUGCCACCAUUCCAUUCCAGGAGGAAGGGACCAAGAAGAAAGCAGCCCCCUCGGCUGCAAAGUCGUCCUCCACAGAGCCCUCCCUGCUGGUCAGCUGGCUCACUCGCCUCAAGCUAUUGACUCACUGAGGUCACCCCUGGGCCUCCUGCCUGUCUUCUGCUCCCAAGUGCCUUCUUCCUCAGUGGCCAGCCUCUUUACACUUCAUCUACAGUGUUCCAUAGUGACCUUACCUAAUUCACUUUUUUUGAAAGUUGUAUUCCUUCUGGGAAUUUUGAAGUAAUUGGAUGGCAACAGAGCCAGAGGACCUUAGGCGCUGCUGUGGAGGCAGAAGGAGGGACAUAGUUGAGUCUGCUUUUGUUGGGUCCCCAGCCUUGGAACAUGGAGAAAUACUCUGUAAAUUGGCAUGAUGUCCAGACAUGUUAUGGUCAUCGUCAGGAGCCGGUGGCAUUGUUUGAUGUUGUUUUCUUGGGUGGGGGGACUAAAAUUGGUGGCUUUUGUCACACAGAUGUGUUGGUUGGUGGUCCAACUUUUUUGUCUGAAAAAGCCAGUGGAGAAAACAUUUUGUUUUGAUUUUUAAAGCUGUAUUCCAUAUCUGUAAGUGCAGUAGUUUUGACUCUGAAAUGACCUGUGCAAGGAUCUGAUGCUCUGCAGAGUAGAGGCUCCAUUUAGAUCUGUUACACUGGUGAAUACCCUCUUUCAUAACGAUCUCAAUUGACGUCAGUUAUUACAGAAAC